CAGGCAAGCUUGCUAGCCCCCAAAAAAUGUACAACUUCAAGUUGCUCAACUGUUGCACAGAUCAUCAACUACUGCAUUUGAAGACACUGCCACCUGCUGACAUGUGCCUCAAAUGUGAUUAUCAAAGAGUCCUCAACAGACAUUUGAGUUAGAUAGAUAGCUACAUAGAUUUGAUUUGACAGUUAUAAGUUACAACCAGGGGGAAGAUGCCACCAGUCCGGUCCCAUACACGACUUUCUUGUGACGUAUUAUGCGCGGAGACCUUUUGUGACGUCACCAAGCAUCAAUUCGCUACAUAAACUGUGUUCAGCUUUGAUAUAUAUCAUCAGUACAAUCUCUUUUUUCAAUCAGGUUGUUUCAGGUAAUCUUUUGCCGCAUAGUCUGCCCUAGCUGACGCUGUGCAGAGAAUACUACGAUUGGAAACGGUUGGUUAGACCCGUUCGCACUGCACAAGAAAGCAAGAUGGACCGUAGUGAUGAGAGAAUCAAAAGAGCUUUAAGGCGCCGCCCUUAUGUGUUGAAUCCAGUGAGGGUGAACACCCCUGAUUCUGUGAUGUGGCCAACCGGUAAGGUGCACAGAAGACCAAGGCCUUCUACUUCAGCGCAGACCCCUCAGAUCCACAAAAGGCCUCCAAUCAUUGAGAGCUGUGGGCAGGAACAGACAUCUGGGGAUGGACGGGACAUCAAUCCAGAGCCUCUCAGCCAGUCUGGAAGGGUGACUCGGCUGAUGGAGAGAAAUUAUGAUGGGGUCAUCUCAUCCUCCAACUCUGAUGACAUCUCUAUUUACUCCUUCACUGACUGUGAAUCUGAGUCUGAUGAUGAGGAUCAUGAAAGGAGGACACCACCGCUGAUAGUGAAGGAUGAGGAGGAUGGAAAGGUGACAAAGUUUGAAGUGAGGGAUAUGGUAGAGGACGACAAUCUGUCUCUCCACUCCUUGGAUGAAUCAGACUUUCUGUGUGAUAAUGGCAAUGAUGCCUCUGCUGAGGACAGUCCUGGGCCUUCAAAGGAACCACAGAGAAAAGGGGCUUCACUGAAGGACCCUCGACUGAUUAUUGUGGCCAAGCCCAACAUCCUUCUCCCUGCCUCUGUGAGUGCCCUGAAGAAGGCAUCACGCCUGACGGAGUUGGUCCCUACUGUCCGGCCCUGCAAGGAGCAGCAGGACAAGAAGACACAGUGGACCAACACCAACAAGGAGAGCCUGAGGAGGAUUAAAAAAACUGGCCUCCAUAGAGCUCGACCUGGAGGAAGGCCUGAAGAAGGUCAAUGACGGUCAGGACGUCAACCAAGAGAGGCAGAAGAAUGAGGGAUGCUUCAGAGCCUGGAUUGAGAAGUGGAUGGGGAGGAGGAAGGAGGAAAGACUGAGGGAUGAAGAUGUGAAUAGGGAAGACAAAGGGAGGAUGGGCGAAGAGGUGAGGGCACUGAUCCAAGUGAUGAAGAGAAACUGCAGUGAACGUGAUCUUGAGGCAGUAAACCUGGACACUUGGCUGAAUGACUUGGAAAGGUUGAAAGUGGCCUUCAAGAAAUGCACUGGAGAGAUGGCCAAAAUGAGCCCAGGGAAAGUCUCUGGUCCUGUGUCUGGCCUCUCUCCUCUUGUGACCUCAGGACCCCGGACCCUGGCUGAAGCCCCUACGGGCCCUGCCCUCUGCUGUGGCCCGUCCCUCCCAAAAGGAUGUCCCAAAGCCUCCGACACCUCCAAGCCCCGUCUCUGUCAUUGUUGCUUUGCCUGCUGUGGAGUACUUACCAUACCACCGCAGCCCUCGCCUGGCCCCAAUCACCAACCUGAGUGAGAACGGCAGGAAGCUGCUCCAGAAAAUGUCAGGAGUGACCCCACAGGAAGGGAAGGUCAAAAGGAAAAAGAGCAAGGGAAAAAAGCAAGUGAAGAAAGAGAAGGCCAGCAAGAUGCAGCAGGUGGAAAAUGUUGGAGAAAGUAAGGAGGACAAGAAAGAGGAAAAGAAGAGUCUGAGGAAGAG